CCGCCACCCGCGGCCCGGCAAAAGGCUGGGACUUUACUCAGGCGGCGGAGAACGAGUCCGUGCUCCAUCAGCUGCCGCAAGCGCCGCGCCGGAGCCUGAGCCACGAUGAGCGGCAGAGUGGGCGAUCUAAGCCCCAAGCAGAAGGAGGCACUGGCCAAGUUUCGGGAGAAUGUCCAGGAUGUGCUGCCCACCCUGCCAAAUCCAGAUGAUCAUUUUCUCCUGCGCUGGCUCCGAGCAAGGAGCUUCGACCUGCAGAAGUCCGAGGCCAUGCUCCGGAAGCACGUGGAGUUCCGAAAGCAGAAGGACAUCGACAACAUCUUGAACUGGCAGCCUCCAGAGGUGAUCCAGCAGUAUCUGUCAGGGGGCCUGUGCGGCUAUGACCUGGACGGCUGUCCCGUCUGGUAUGAUGUCAUUGGACCUCUGGAUGCCAAGGGUCUGCUCCUCUCAGCCACCAAACAGGACCUGCUCAGGACCAAGAUGCGGGACUGCGAGCUGAUUCAGAGGGAGUGUGCUUGCCAGACCGAAAAGACAGGGAAGAAGAUAGAGACUGUCACCCUGAUUUACGACUGCGAGGGGCUUGGCCUUAAGCAUCUCUGGAAGCCGGCAGUGGAGGCCUAUGGAGAGUUUCUCUGCAUGUUUGAGGAAAAUUAUCCUGAGACACUGAAGCGUCUUUUUGUUGUUAAAGCCCCCAAGCUGUUUCCUGUAGCCUAUAACCUCAUCAAACCCUUCCUGAGUGAGGAUACUCGUAAGAAGAUCAAUGUCCUGGGGGCAAACUGGAAGGAGGUUUUACUGAAAUAUAUCAGCCCUGACCAGGUGCCUGUGGAGUAUGGGGGUACCAUGACUGACCCUGAUGGAGACCCCAAGUGUAAAUCCAAGAUCAAUUAUGGAGGUGACAUCCCCAAGAAGUAUUAUGUGCGAGACCAGGUGAAACAGCAGUACGAGCACAGUGUACAGAUUUCCCGGGGCUCCUCUCACCAAGUGGAAUAUGAGAUCCUCUUCCCAGGCUGCGUCCUCAGGUGGCAAUUCAUGUCAGAUGGUUCAGACAUCGGUUUUGGGAUUUUCCUGAAGACCAAGAUGGGAGAGCGGCAGCGGGCCGGGGAGAUGACAGAGGUGCUGGCCAGCCAGAGGUACAAUGCUCACCUGGUCCCUGAGGACGGGACCCUCACCUGCAGCGAUCCUGGCAUCUAUGUCCUACGGUUUGACAACACCUACAGCUUCAUUCAUGCAAAGAAGGUCAGUUUCACUGUGGAGGUCCUGCUUCCAGACAAAGCCUCAGAAGAGAAGAUGAAACAGCUGGGGGAAGCCACCCCAAAGUAAUGCCUCCUCCCACAGCAGGCCUGGCUCCCUCUGUGUCUUCUUGUCAGUUUCUAUCCCUUGCAGCAGUCAUUUUCCCAGCACUCUCAUGCCCAAAGAGAAACUGGGCUAGAAAAAAGACCUCAGGGCUGGAUCUGGGAAGCCUUCAUUUCAGAAUUAGGAAGAGGGAGAGUAGCUGGAGUGGCUCUCUUUGCCUCUCAAAUUACUAAGGAGUCCCCAAGGGCUGGGCACUGUGAUAGCACAUGUCUUGUUAGCUAUGCCAAUUUCACCUGUCCAGUGAUAGCUGAGACAAGAAGCAGGGGGCAGGACCAUGGGGUGGCAGGGAAGAAAUUAGGUAAAAGGGGAAAGAUUGAGGCCUAACACUUAGGGAAGCCAGCUGCAGGGUAAGAACUUGCCCCUGGAAGAAAAUGUAAGUCUAGAUCAUAAUGAGGAGUAGCAAGGUAGCCGGUUGCUAGUGUUAUCUUGGGGGUCUGAGGCUCUUCUGAACUUUGUAUCACCAAAGCUGGGAUCUUUUGGCUUUUCCCAGGUUUCAGGAGGUGGCCUGAGUCAGCACAGAUCUUUCCAUGCAGGGACAGACAGGCAGGCCUCACCCUCACCUUGAGGAAAUCAGCAACCCCUGGGUCCCACUGGAUACAUCUUUAAUUACUAAUGAUUGUCAGUGACUCAAGAGCUUCCUGGGACAAUAAGUUUAGUACCCAGCCACUGUCCUCCAAUGCAAACAAAGCCUAGGGAAGUUGCCUCCACGGAUUCCCAGCUCCGUGAAGGGCCAGGGAGGCUGGGGUGGUCCUGAAGCUUCCACUCGUUUUCAGUGCUGCCAGCCUCUCUAAAAUUACCUCUUCCUGUGAGCACCCAUACAAAAGUGACAAGUGGGAUCAAUACAGUAGAUCUCAGUGAGAGCAUUUCCCCAUUCUGAGUCUCCCAGGGUGUCCGACCAGAGCAAGGCCUUGCUGGUCCCAUCUCUGGGAGGCCUGCGGUGGGUGCAGUGGGUUCCUGUGCCUGUAGGGGCUGCUGCCCCAGCACGAGGCCAAAGGCCGGGCCAGCACCGGGCAGAGCCAGGGGCUGGGGGCAGCCAGAGAGCCUCGCAGGCCCCCAGCUCCUCCUUCCACAAUGACAGGGUGGGGGUGGGGGGAACAGACCUUGCGGCAAUCACAGCUCUCCACUCAAUCCCACAUUCUGCAAACGAACACCAGGCCUUGGAUUGCACAGAAGCCGAGAAGGCGGUCCCGCCUGGGCCCUCGUGGGCAUUCCCUCCCUUCAGAAACCCAGACCCUGGCCCAGCCUAGGGAGAGGUCUGGCGAAGCAGAUGGAGGAGGAAGGGGCAAGGCUGGCGCUGACAGGAUGGCCCGAGGCCGCGCGGGAGCCCCAGUCAGACUCUUCAGGACAUCCUGACCUUGGUUUACAACGCUCUGUUAGGAAAAUUAACCCAAUGAAUAAAGCAAUGUUCAGCGCA